AUGGAUGACAAGAGGAGCGACCAGGAGCCAAUUCAGAGGUUAAGCUUUUCCCUCGGUGAAGAAGAGAUGGAGAACAAGGAGCAGAAGGAAGCAGGAGAGAGCAAGGAGGCCCAGAGCUGGACGCCAGAGAAGAGCGGGGGUCAGGACUCAGAGUCCCCCAGGACACCCGUUAGGAACCUAAGUGCACUUGACACAUCACAGGAAAAAGACAAAUCAAGUCCAGAUCCGGUUUUGUGGACUCCAAAGUCGGCCCCUCCCAAAUGUCUUGUGACACCAGCGCAGUCGGACAAGAGGAGCAAGAUGCGGCCUGGUGACAGCCCCUCUACUCCCAAAAACCUGCAGAGCCAGCCUCCGGUGAUCUCCUCAACGGGCAAGCUCUCCUUUCAAAGCUCUAAGAGGCUCACGCCUGUUUCCUUCAGGGAUGAGAUGACCUCACUGGAUCUGGUCAAUAUUAAUCCCUUCACCCCCGAGUCUUACAGAAAAUUAUUCCUUAAAAACAAUGGCAAGAGAAAAACCCGAGGAGAUCUUGAGGAAGCUGGUCUGGAGGAAGCCAAGUUAGAACAAGGGUUACCUGCCAAGAGGUGUGUCCUGCAAGAAACCAACAUGGAUGCCCGCUAUGAAAAGGAGUUCUUGGAGGUAGAAAAAAUUGGGGUUGGGGCAUUCGGUGCAGUCUACAAAUGUAUUAAGAGGCUGGAUGGAUGUGUGUAUGCAAUAAAGCGUGCUACAAAACCAUCUGCAGCAUCUUCAAAUGAGAAUUCGGAUCUACGGGAAGUUUAUGCCCAUGCGGUGCUUGGGCAUCACCCCCAUGUGGUGCGCUACUACUCUGCAUGGUCGGAAGAUGACCACAUGAUCAUUCAGAAUGAAUACUGCAAUGGCGGGAGUUUGCAGUCUGUAUCUGAAAAUGCUAAGUCUGGUAAUCAUUUCCAAGAGCCAAAACUCAGAGACAUUCUUCUGCAGGUUUCUAUGGGACUCAAAUACAUCCAUAACUCUGGCAUGGUACACCUGGACAUCAAACCUAGUAACAUCUUCAUUUGUCAUAAGGUGCAAACUGACGCCACUGAAGUCCCAGAGGUUGAAAAUGAAGCUGAUUGGUUUCUCUCUGCCAGUGUGAUCUAUAAAAUUGGUGACCUGGGCCAUUUAACAUCCAUAAGUGAGCCGAAAGUAGAAGAAGGAGAUAUCCGCUUCCUGGCUAAUGAGAUUUUACAAGAGGAUUAUAAAAACCUCCCUAAAGCAGACAUAUUUGCCUUGGGAUUGACGAUCGCAGUCGCUGCGGGAGCAGAGUCGCUGCCUGCCAACGGAGCUGUGUGGCAUCAUAUCCCCAAGGGUAACCUUCCAGACGUCCCUCAGAAACUCCCCGAAGACUUCCGAGACCUGCUUAAGGAAAUGAUCCAUCCUGAUCCAGAAAAGAGACCUUCUGCGGCCGUUCUGGUCAAAAGCCGAGUUCUGCGGCCGUCCCUGGGGAAAGUGGAAGAGCUCCAGAAGCAGCUGAACUUGGAAAAGUUCAAGAUAGCCGCGCUGGAAAGGGAACUGAGAGAAGUGCAGCAGGCCCAGUCCCCCCAGGGAAACAGCUCCCACAGUGACCCUGAGGUCUCUGGGACCCCUGCAGGAUCAAGAAGCACAAAACGCCUGGUGGGAAGAAACAGUGCCAAGUCUUCAAGCUUUACCCUAGGGGAAUCUUCCCCAUAGGAACUCAUUUAAUACCAAGUAGUCUUCUGCCAUAUAGCCUCCAGU